AAGUGAAAAUACCUUUUGGAAACAAACAUCUUGAUGCUGCCUUUUCUGUGCCAGUGAAGAAACCAGCGUAUGGAGUGAUUCUUACCCAUGGAGCUGGAGGAGAUAUGAAUUUCCCUCACUUGGUGUCUUUGGCAGCCUGUCUUGCAUCCCAUGGAGUUCUGUGCCUGCGGUUCACUUGUAAAGGCCUUAAUGUUGCUUACAGGACUAAGGCCUUCAAAGCAGUUGUGGAAUACUUGAGGCUUUCUGAAGAUUAUAAACUUUCGGGCAUCUUCCUUGCAGGCCGUUCCAUGGGCUCACGAGCUGCUGCCUCCAUGACACGUCAGCUUAGCCAGGAGGAUGAUGACGACUUCGUUCGAGGUCUAAUAUGUUUGUCUUACCCGUUGCAUCGACCAAAACUUCAGUCCAAGCUCCGGGAUGAAGAUUUAUUAUUUAUCAGGUGCCCAGUGCUGUUUGUCUCAGGAUCAGCAGAUGAGAUGUGUGAAAAACGACUGCUGGAAGGUGUGGCAAGGAAAAUGAGAGCCCCCACAGAAAUCCACUGGGUUCAUAAAGCAAACCAUGGGAUGGCAGUCAAGGGACGAACAGCAGACGAUGUCAUGGAAGAAAUAAAUGGCCACGUUUUUUCAUGGCUUAGAGAGAAUAUUGGACUGGAGGCCAAAUGAUUUGCAGUGUUUAAGCAGUAUCUUCAUUUUGCUUUUCCUAAAUGCAGCAAAUUAGGAGUUUGUUAUUUCUGAGAGGCAAUUAUUUUUUAAUACACGUAUUUUCAGAGGUCUAAGUGUAAAUUGAAAUAAAACCUUUUUUUUGUAUGAAUGA